UCAGACUCAGCUCAGGGCACAGUAAUACCGACUGCGCUCCCCGCCACGCCAUCUCGCGGCCGCGCGCCUUGCAUUCGCCACAACAGCUGGCUGAGUCGCGCAGCGACCGUUGCCUCGCUUUAUCGUUACGACGAUAACUCAUAAUUUCAAAAACGUGCUUUACUUAUCUGUACCCAUUCCAUGUUCGAUUUAAAACGCGGGAAAGAUAUUUAGGCAUUUUGUCAUUUAUUGUGUCAAAUUUUGUGAUUGUUGUGUUUGUAUUUUAUAAUAUUUUAUUGCAAAUUUUAAUUCGUGUGUACAGUUAUUACAAACAUUGUUUAUUUCAAAUUCGUGACUUCCAUCUUCCAGUUGUGUCCAAAUUUGUUAUAAGAAAAUGGAGAAAGGUGGUGGAUCUAGACUUCUCCAAAUGCAGGCUCGAUUCCAACAAAAACAGCUGCAGGAGCGCGAGCUGAAAAUCGCGUCACUGUACGAGGCGCAGCAGGCUCGUACGCUCGACAAGCUGCGCCUCUCGCCCGCCACCAGCCCCAACAGCCAUGUCAGCCCCAGUAUACAACCGACACAUAACGUACAGCCUGGCAAGGUGCGACAAAUGUUCGAGGAGCGCAGAACGAAGGCGGGCAUAGACAAAAGCUACCCGCUGCAGCCGAUACACAACACGGAGCGGACAAAGCCGCGUGCGCAUAACGGGGUGCCGCGCGUCGCCAACACACGCACCACGCUCACCACAAUAACCACGCUCGAUAGGAAGGCCGCCAAGACGCAUCAUGUUUCCAACACGCAUACCGUCAAGAAAAACAUUGUACACAAAUCAGAAAACAUCUUGAACGUCUCCGGUGAUCUAAAUCACAACCAUGAGUUAGAUUUAAAUCCUAUUAAGCAAUCGAAUCAACCGAACGGUGACUAUUCACACGUGGACGAAGUGGACAAAGCUGAGAACAAUUGUCUUUUGCAAGAUGAGACUUUCCCAGAGGCGAUGGCGCCCACGCCCACGCCCACGCCGCGCUCGCCCGAGCCCAAACCGCAGGUUAAGAAACUCAUACAGAGGAAUCCAGUACAAAAACGACCGACAAGUCCAACAAAGUCCAGGCCGCAGUUAACAAAUACUUCAACAAAACGGGUCACCAGCGAAAGUAACAUGCCUGAUAAAUCGAGGGUAGCAACGCAACGGGUCUCUAGCACUGUACUUAAGAAAACACCUUCGACGCCGGGCAGUAAGUCCAGGUCGAACGCGUUCAUGUCUGGCACGUCAGUGGUGGCGGGGGGUAGUGUGGGGGGUAGUGUAGGGGGUAGUGCGGGGGUUGUCGCGGGGGAUGCGUGCGGUGUGUGCGGGCGUCGCUUCGCCAGCGACCGUCUCGCAAAGCACGAGUCCAUCUGCAAGAAGGCGCACGCCAAGAAACGGAAGCCAUUCGAUGUCCUCAAACAUAGGCUGGCGGGUACAGAAGCGGAGCCGUUCAUCGGCAAACUGCGCAAGGGGGCGCAGGGUGGGGGUAGUGGUGGGGGGAGCGGGGCGGGCAGUGGGGGCGGGGGCAAGGGUGCGGGCAAACAGCUGAACAGCACGUGGCGACAGAAGCACGAGGAGUUCAUCCAGGCCAUCCGCGCCGCCAAACAGGUGCAGGCGCAUCUCAAAGCUGGCGGUAAAGUGAGCGACUUGCCCCCUCCCCCGCCAUCAGAGAACCCUGACUAUGUGUCGUGUCCUCACUGCGGCCGGCGCUUCAACCAGGCGGCGGCGGAGAGACACAUUCCUAAAUGCGCCAAUUAUCAAUUCAACAAGCCUAAAAAUAACAAGAAACGAUAAUUUUGCGUCACAUGUAAGUACUUUGAUAUCUGUA